AUGUGGCGACGCGGCGCGAGAAGUGUGGGUAUGGCCGGCGGAAUGGGCCGCUCCCUGCCUGCGAGAUCGGCGCUCCUGCAGAGCAACACCGCGACUACCCUCACCUCCACUUCGGCCCAGACCGGAGCUGCACGCAGGUGGUUGAACAUUCAUGAGUACCAGUCGCAGGAGCUCAUGAGGAAGGAGGGCAUUCGCGUCCCCAAGGGACAAGUGGCCGCUUCUCCUGAGGAGGCCUACAAGAUCGCCCAGCAGAUGCAGCAGGGAGGCGACGCCGAUGUAAUUGUUAAGGCACAGGUCCUGGCCGGUGGCCGAGGUGUGGGUCACUUCGACAGCGGGCUCAAGGGCGGCGUUCACACUUGCACCUCCCCAGAGGAAGUGAAGGACGUGGCGUCCAAGAUGCUGGGCCACCACAUCUUCACCAAGCAAACCGGACCCGAGGGCAAGCCCUGCAACGUCGUCUAUCUGGCAGAGCGAUUGUUCAUCCGCCGCGAGACCUACUUCGCCAUCCUCAUGGAUCGGGCUUACAACGGCCCUGUCAUCAUCGGCAGCUCUAAGGGCGGUAGCGACAUUGAGACGCUGUCGGCCGAGCACCCCGACGCCAUCUUCAAGAUCCCCAUUGACAUCGCGGAGGGUGUAACCCCGGAGAAGCUCGAGCUUGUCGCCGACAAGCUCGGUUUCCAGAGCACCAAGGUCAAGGAGCAGACCAAGGAGCUGGUCUCCAAGCUCUACGAUCUCUUCAUCAAGAAGGACUGCACGCUCGCCGAGAUCAACCCCCUCGUCGAGGAUCACCAGGGACAGAUCGUGGCCUUGGAUGCCAAGCUGCGCUUUGACGACAACGCCGAAUUCAGACAAAAGGAGAUCUUUGCGCUCAGGGACGAAAGCCAGGAGGACCCCCGAGAGGUGGCCGCCAGCAAGUUCGACCUCAACUACAUUCAGCUGAACGGCAACAUCGGCUGCCUGGUCAACGGCGCUGGUUUGGCUAUGGCCACCAUGGACAUCAUCAAGCUCAAGGGAGGCAACCCCGCCAACUUCUUGGACGUCGGUGGCGGUGCUACGGAGAAGCAGGUGACAGAGGCUUUCAGGAUUUUUUCCAGCGACAAGAGCGUCAAGGCCGUGAUGGUCAACAUCUUCGGAGGUAUCAUGAGGUGUGACAUCAUCGCCAUGGGUAUCCUCAACGCUGUGAAGGUCCUCAACAUCAAGGUUCCUCUGGUGGUUCGCCUGCUCGGCACCAACAUGAAGGAGGCCAAGGAUCUUCUCGAGAACUCUGGCGCCCGCAUCAUCUUCGCUUCCGACCUCGACGAGGCGGCCGAAAAGGCGGUGAAGGUGGCCAGGAUCGUGGACAUGGCGCAGGAGGCUCAGCUCAAUGUCUCCUUCGAACUGCCUCUCUAA